UUGUUCUCACUAUUUUCCUCCUCUCCAUAAAUAAAUUCUUCUUUCACCACUCUCACUUACUCACACCCCUCCUAUCUCAUACCUUCAUCUCCAUCAACAAUCAUAGUGAAGCAUAAACAACCUCAAAGAAAAAGAAAGAGAGAGAAAGAUGAACGUCUUAGAAGAUUCUCCCCUACAAGCUCUAGCUUUCCACCACUUGAGCUUCGAUUUCUUUAACAAUUUAUGGACAUGGCUCGCCGUCAUCUUCUGGAGGAUCCGGACUCCCAACCCUGAAUUACUACCUCCUUCUAGCCAAGAUGACACGGUUUCGGAGCUAUUGGAGCCUUGUAACGAUGAUGAUAAUGUUCUGUCUCGUGUUCAUAGUACUGUGGUUUGUGACGGCGACGUUAACGAUGUUGACGGGGUCACGAAGGGAAAGAUGAAGUUUACCUCGUACUAUAACGAGGAUGAUGUCAUUGAUGGAAAAUGCAACGAGACGUUACAUUUAACGGUGGAAUUAUGGGAAGACAGGGAAGAAAGAUUGGAGUGGUGGGAGAAGUUGUUGAAGACGAGAACGGGAGAAAACGAGAAUGGAUGGUACACGUGUCAGGAUUUAACGGCGCUUAACGGCAACGUUGUUAGGUUUUGGGAAGAAUCAAGCAAUAGCUUCAGCUAUGUUUCUCUAUGGUAGUAAUCACUAAUGGGGACAACUUCUCUAUCCAUCUCAAAAAAUUGAGUAGUAGUAAUAUAGUGUACGGAGAAAAUGUAAAUAGUAUUUUUUAUGUAGUACUAUUAUGUUGUUAAUUUAUUACAAAAUGUAUAUACUAUAUGAUAUGAUUUUGGAUAAUUUCAAUCCGAUUCCUCAUCCAUGCUCUUUGUCAUUGUU